CGUAGCACACCGGAAGUAUCAGCAGCGCGGGUUGCGUACAGGUUGCGUAUGAACAAUAUUUCGCGGGAGAGCCAGGCUUUCUGCUGCUGUCAACACGGGCAAUAACAGUAACUAAAUUCAUAACGCAAUGAGUUUGUGGGUGGACAAAUAUCGACCAACUUCCCUCGGGAAACUCGACUAUCAUAAAGCCCAAGCAACGCAGCUGAAAAACCUGGUUCAAUGUGGCGACUUCCCUCACUUACUGGUGUACGGACCCUCAGGCGCGGGGAAGAAGACCCGCAUCAUGUGCCUGCUGAGGGAGCUGUAUGGAGCCGGGGUGGAGAAGCUGCGCAUCGAGCACCAGACAAUCGUGGCUCCCUCAAAGAAGAAAAUUGAGAUUAACACAAUAGCCAGCAACUACCACUUGGAAGUCAACCCCAGUGAUGCUGGAAACCAGGACCGUGUGGUGAUUCAAGAGCUGAUCAAAACCAUGGCUCAGUCUCAGCAGAUCCAGUCGAGCACCCAGAGAGAGUUCAAAGUUGUGUUGCUAACAGAGGUGGACAGACUCACGAAGGAUGCCCAGCAUGCUUUGCGCCGGACAAUGGAAAAGUACAUGUCUACCUGCCGGCUCAUCCUCUGCUCUACCUCCACCUCCAAAGUCAUUGAGCCGAUUCGGAGCCGUUGUCUCGCUAUCAGAGUCCCUCUGCCGAGCACAGAAGAGGUCUGUAAUGUGUUGACAUCAAUCUGUAAAAAAGAGGGUCUGCUCCUCCCACCUGAGCUAGCCAAGAAUAUCUCUGAUAAGUCUGGACGCAACCUCCGCAAAGCGCUUUUGAUGUGUGAGGCCUGCAGAGUGCAGCAGUACCCCUUCUCCGCGGACCAGGACGUCCCAGAGACGGAUUGGCAGGUGUAUCUCAGGGAAACCGCUAAUGCCAUCGUGAGCCAGCAAAGCCCGCAGAGGUUGUUGGAGGUUCGAGCGAGGCUGUACGAGCUGCUGACUCACUGCAUCCCCCCUGAUAUCAUUAUGAAGGGUCUGGUUACCGAGUUGUUGAGUAACUGUGACGGCCAGCUGAAGACAGAGGUGGCCCAAAUGGCAGCGUUCUACGAACACAGACUGCAGCUGGGCAACAAAGCCAUCUACCACCUCGAGGCCUUCGUUGCCAAGUUCAUGGCCAUCUACAAGAAAUUCAUGGAAGACGGUCUGGAUGGCAUGAUGUUCUGAUUCUGAAUGGACUUAAAAUACUGAUGCUUUUCCUGGAAGGAUUUCAACAACACUUGUUGAUUACUUCAAAUGUGUGGAUUUGAUAGUGGUUUAAAUGUGUACUCUGUAAGGCAUGGUGGUGAUG